AUGGCCACUAGAACGAAAAAUAGCGGCCACUAUAGAGGUGGGUUUAGUGGCCACUUUAGUGUCCUCUCCAAGUAGUCCUUGGCGAGCCUCUCUUUCCAAUAAAAAUGAACAAAACCUGAUUUUUUUCAAACCCCCCAAAGAAAAAUACGCCAAAAUCCUCUCAAGCUAAAAAGGUAGCCGAACUUCCAGAGACAUUUAACUAAUUUUGACUCCAAAUGAGCAAAAAAUGUUUUCCUUUCGAACCUAGCAAAGAAUAACUGUCCCCAAAGUCCUCAAGGAACUUUUAAGUCCCAAUAAAUAAACGGAACGAUCUCGACGUCAUCUCUCGGGGCGGCGCUGCCAGCCAGUUCUGCAGGCGCGGCCCCGCGUGUCUUGUUGCCAAGACAGACCUCGAGAUCGAGUUCUGUCGUCGGUCGCCGUCGCGUAGCCCCUUCUGCCAGCCAACCGAGUAG